AGGGAGGUAUAAAAUUUCAAGCGAGAGGAGCAGAGAGAGGCAGUGUGUGUUGUGAAGGGGAGCGAAGGAGCAGGGAAGAGAAAGCAAAGGGGACGCGGCGGCGGCGGCAGCAUUAGCAGCAGGGAUCCAAGGCGAGCUUGGGGGCCGUGGCGAGGGGAAGAGGGCCAAACGGCGGAAAAGAGCCGCAUCGCACUUGGAGCUGUGAGUCGACGGCCCAAGAAAGGGAGCCGCGCGAAAGGACGACCCUCGACAGCAGCCCAGCCAGGACCAGGCGGCUCCGUCAGUCUUCCGCAGCUGCGCUCAAUCCCGAGGCGCAGCUAAUGAGGCGGGUCCGCCUCGCUUCUGCUCCCGAGGGAACGGCGGCAACUCAGUAAGAGGCAUGAAUGGGGCGCGCUACAGGCAGCCGCAACUGCGCUCCGGGGCUCGCCUGACACGUGCGCUCCAGACUGCGCCUCCAGGGCGCCCGGCUCUGCAGCUGCCCUGCGCGGCCUAAUUAAGCGCCAGCAGGUAGUGCUAGCCUCUGCGACUGCAGCUCGCGUCGCUGCCGCCUCGCUUUGCCCUGGGCGGACGCCUUCGGACUCAUGGAAAGGAACCCCCACGGGGCGAGGCGCCGAUCCGCUUCCUCCUCCUCCUGCCGCCGCCGCCGCCGCUCUCUAGAAAACCCGACGCGCUUCUAGAGCCAGGGAGUCUCUUCAUGCACCUUCUUGCCAAGCGCCAGCCUGCAGGAUCUGCCUGGUCUCCGGCGCCUCUCUGCGUGCGCGCUUCCCCGGGGAGGUGUCCCGCCUCCUCUCUCCCUCCACCGCACCGCGCAGGAAGAUGCACUUGCACAGGGCUCUGCUGCUCCUCUGCCUCCUGAGCUUGGCCACUGUCAGCCUGUCGCUCUCCUCCUGCACGCCGCUGGACCUGGAGCACAUCCGGAAGAAGAGGGUGGAGGCCAUCCGGGGUCAGAUCCUGAGCAAGCUGCGCCUCACCAGCCCCCCGGAGACUGUGGGCCCGAGCCACGUGCCCUUCCAGAUCCUGGCACUGUAUAACAGCACCCGGGAGCUCCUCGAGGAGAAAGAAGAGGAGAAGGAAGAGAGCUGCUCCCAGGACAACACCGAGUCGGAGUACUACGCCAAAGAGGUCCACAAGUUUGACAUGAUCCAGGGCUUCCCGGAACACAAUGAACUGACCUUCUGCCCCAAAGGUGUUACUUCCAACAUGUUCCGCUUCAACGUGUCAUCGGCAGAAAAGAACAGCACAAAUCUCUUCCGGGCUGAGUUUCGGGUCCUGAGAGUGCCGAACCCCAGCUCCAAACGCACUGAGCAGCGUAUCGAGCUCUUCCAGAUCCUGAAGCCCGAUGAGCACAUUGCAAAACAGCGCUACCUCAGUGGCCGGAAUGUGAUGACACGGGGCUCUCAGGAGUGGCUGUCCUUUGAUGUCACAGAGACUGUGCGAGAAUGGCUCUUGCAUAGAGAGUCUAACCUGGGACUGGAGAUCAGCAUCCAUUGUCCAUGUAACACUUUCCAGUCCAAUGGUGAUAUUCUGGAGAACCUGCAUGAAGUUCUGGAGAUCAAGUUCAAAGGUAUUGACAGCGAAGAUAGCCACGGGCGUGGGGACUUGGGGAGCCUGAAGAAGCAGAAGGACCUUCACCAUCCUCACUUGAUUUUGAUGAUGCUGCCUCCACAUCGACUUGGGAGUCCAACCCUAAGAAGCCAGAGGAAGAAACGAGGACUGGACACCAAUUACUGCUUUCGGAACCUGGAAGAGAACUGCUGUGUGCGCCGCCUCUACAUUGACUUUCGACAAGACUUGGGCUGGAAGUGGGUCCAUGAGCCCAAGGGGUACUUUGCCAACUUUUGCUCUGGACCUUGCCCAUAUCUCCGCAGCGCAGACACGACUCACAGCACGGUGCUUGGCCUGUACAAUACGCUGAAUCCCGAAGCAUCUGCUUCCCCCUGUUGUGUGCCUCAGGAUCUGGAGCCUCUCACAAUCCUGUACUAUGUUGGACGGACCCCCAAAGUGGAGCAGCUCUCCAAUAUGGUGGUGAAAUCCUGUAAGUGCAGCUGAAAGGGACUCGGUGCCACCCAGAGCUGAGAAGUUGAAAUGACCAACCCUCUGUCCACAGAGCAAAAGAACCCACACAUGUACUUGGGGCAGGCCAUUGUGGUCUGGCCCUUCAUCCCGGGCAUCUCCAAGAUAGGGCUGAGAGAGACUCCUGCCUGCAACCUUGGAGAAGCUGCUGCUGGUCUGUGUAGACAAUACUGAGUUAGAUGGACCAAUGGUCUGACUUGGUAGAAGGCAGCUUCCUAUGUUCCUAUACUACAAUCCAGGGCAAACUACGCACUUGGAAGACUAUUUUUAAAUGCCUGCCUGGCUUUGUCACCUCUCCUCUAGGAGUUACAUUGCCAGCUUGGAAGUUUGACGAAGUGGACACAAAUACCGAACAGACAUUUAGUGGUGCCAACCGAGAGAAAGAACCACCAAAUGGGGAGAGCUUCACCCAAGGAGGCAAACAUUAGCAGAGCUGUAGACAGACAGAGGGAAUGGAGAAAGACUUCUUGUCCUACUACUAGGAACUCAGCCUUGUCUAUAGGACGAGGAUUUUCUUAUGAAGAAGCAACAUUUUGGGGUGGGGGGACGACCAGACUGGUGUAACGAAGAAGGAAACGCUCCCAGAGAUUCAGCCCAUCUCUCUUUGUUUCUGUAGAGUUGGCAUCCAUCCACUGGGGACCCUAUCACAUUUGUGCCAUAAUGGAAGAACUCAUUCUGUAGACAGUGGGUGCAAGAAUCUGUCCACUCUGCUAGGAAUGGUCCCUGUUGGCUUCAUCCCCACAAAGGCAAGCUCUUCUACAGUUUCUCCCUCCUCCUGGAGCCUCUGCUAUAUGACUUCUGGGUCAAGAGUGGGCAGCCUUGCUGCUGUGCACCAACCCAGGCAGUAAUCUUCAAAGGAUCCUGUAUUUGCUGUGGUGGGUGAGGGUAUUAUAAGCAAAUCUGCACAUCUCUUGCACAAGGACCUGGCCCAGGCCACACCUGCCAAGGUUUAUUAAAGUAUUAAUCUCAAA